AGGACUCGGGGGACGAGAGAACAGCGGGAUGGCGGAUGAUGAAGAUGGUUCACCAGAAGAGAGGCUCUUGUUCCUUCCUGACCGCCAUGUCCGCUAUUUUCAGCGUAAUCUGCAGCUCCUACCAGAGCAAUGCGCCUCUUUAGAGACAAGCAGAUUAACAAUUGCAUUUUUUGCACUCUCUGGACUCGAUAUGCUGGAUUCCCUGAACGUGAUCAACAAAUCAGAAAUCAUAGAAUGGAUUUAUUCUCUUCAAGUCCUUCCCACCGAAGACCAGUCAAAUCUUCAUCGAUGUGGCUUUCGCGGAUCUUCAUGUUUGGGGUUACCAUUUAAUCCUUCCAAGGGCCAUGGACUUAAUCACCCAUAUGACAGUAGCCAUGUAGCAAUGACUUACACAGCUAUAGCUAGCCUUCUAAUACUGGGAGAUGAUUUAAGUCGUUUAAAUAAGGAGGCCUGCCUGGCAGGACUGCGUGCUCUUCAGCUCUCUGAUGGAAGCUUUUGUGCUGUGCUCGAGGGAAGUGAAAACGACAUGCGAUUUGUAUACUGUGCUGCCUGUAUUUGUUACAUGCUCAAUGACUGGUCGGGUAUGGAUAUAGAAAAGUCGAUUGAUUACAUUAGGAGGAGUAUGUCAUAUGAAAAUGCUUUGGGACAGGGGGCUGGAUUGGAAGCCCAUGGCGGCUCUACCUUUUGUGGAAUUGCUUCCCUUUGCUUGAUGGGCAAACUGGAGGAGGUAUUUUCAGAGAAGGAACUGAACAGAAUGCGAAGGUGGUGCAUAUUGAGGCAACAAAAUGGUUUUCACGGAAGGCCAAACAAACCUGUUGACACUUGUUACUCCUUUUGGGUCGGAGCAACUCUAAUGCUCUUGGACAUCUUCAAAUAUACAAAUUUUGAAAAAAACAGAAAUUUUAUAUUGUCCACCCAGGAUCGCAUUGUUGGAGGUUUUGCUAAAUGGCCAGAUAGCCACCCAGAUGCAUUGCAUGCCUACUUUGGGAUCUGUGGCCUGUCUCUUAUAGGAGAGCCUGGCAUCUGUGAAGUCCAUCCAGCUCUGAAUGUAAGUUUAACAACAUAUAAGCAUCUCCAGCAGCUGCACGACUCUUGGAAAUCAAAGGACUGUGAAAGGAACUCCGAUAAUAUGCACAUUGGAACUUGAACGACCACAUCAGCGUUACAUUUGGUGGCAACGCUCUAGGCCACUGUAUAAAGCCAUGUACUACCAAGUGUACUUUCAUAUUGGAGUCAUUCGAACAAAGUGUUCUUGAGUAAUCUCACAGCAAUGUUCAGCAGCCAAUUCACUUUUACCUGAAUAAAAAGAUUUUUUUUUUUAAUUGUU